UGGGCAAUGCCAGGCUGGGGUCAGGCUGGGCAGUGCCCGCCAGGCUGGGCAGUGCCAGGCUGGGGUCAGGGUGGUCAGGCAGAGUGGUCAGUGCCAGGCAGGCUGGGCAGUGCCAGGCUGGGGUCAGGCUGGGCAGUGCCCGCCAGGCUGGGCAGUGCCAGGACGUGCCGAGGGCCAGCACCAAGGGGACGCGGGUGGCCCAGCCGGGAGCAGCGGUGGCCGUGCAGGGCCGUGCGAGCCGAGCGCUCGCGAGGGGACCCCCGUGUCCCCAAGGCGGGGACAGCCAGGUGCCAGGCGCGGGGUGGCGCGGCUGAAACAGCCGCGGGCGCGUCCCCACGGGGAUCCCCCAGGCGAGCGGCCCCGGGAAGGGACAGCCAGAGGAAUUCCCGGGAAUUCCCCAGUCCCGCAGCUGGGGAAGGAGCCCGCGCCACCGGGCACGCGCUCCGCCCGCCGUGCGACAUUCCGACACGCGACAUUCCGCCGUGCGACAUUCCCGCGUGCGACAUUCCGGCACGCGACAUUCCGCCGUGCGACAUUCCCGCGUGCGACAUUCCCGCAUGCGACAUUCCCGCGUGCGACAUUCCCGGCGGGAUGCGGAGGGACCGGGAGCUCCCCGGGAUGUGCGGCGGGGCUCGGGACAGCAGCGGGAGGUGGCGGAGGGACAGAGGGGACAGAGGGGACAGGGGAGGCACAGGAGGGGGGCACGGGAUUGUCUGGGGUGGGGUCUGGGAUGGGAUUUGGGGUGGGACGUGGGAUAGGAUUUGGGAUGGGAUCUGGGAUCGGAUUUGGGGUGGGGGCUGCCAGCCUGUCCCUGUGCCCAGAGCGUCCCGGGAAUGCCGGACACAGCGGGGGCACAGGGCCGGGGGGCACCGGCCCGUGAGGGGGGUGGGAUGGAUUUGGGGUACGGGUGAGAUGGAUUUGGGGGAGACUGCACAGGGUGGGGCUGGAUUUGGGAUAAGGCCUCCCGACAUUCCCAAACAUGCUUCGAUCCAUGCGCUCCUCGCUCCCUCUCACCCGGCCGGGGCAGCAGCUCAGAGUCCGGGGGGGUCCGCCUGGCGGGGGGGCUCUUCUGGCACGGCCUGGCACGGCUCGGGGUAG